AUGGCUAUAGCUGAUUCUUUUGUCUGCCCCAUUGGUAGCAACAGCGGCAGCGGCGCCCGCGCCCCAGUUUUGCGGGUGUCCCCCACCGCCGUGCCCCUGCGCGCCGCCAGCGUGCCCCCCGCCGGUGCCCCCACCGUGCCCCUGCGACCCCUGCGCACCCCCGCCUUCCUUGAUUGUCUAUCGAUAGAUAAAAUAGAAAAUAUUAAAACAGUGUCAUUAAUAAUAUUUUCUAUAUCCCCAGCACAAUGUGGUGACGGACCCAUCAAGGUCUUGCUGCAGAAGAACUGUAUCCCCGAGCGUCUCCGCGCGGCUGGCUUCCAGGAGAUCCCAGUCCCCGGCGGAACCUUCUUCAUCAGCUCGUCCCCUGACGUCAUCAUCCAGCCACCUCCCAUCCUGGUCCGCCCACCACAGCAGGCCCCCAUCACCCCGCCAGCCUUGACUGUACAGCCCCCACCGGUGCCUCCAGUGACCCCGCGUCCGAUCUGCGUCAGGCCUCCACCUCUGCCAGCCAUCACACCCCCACCUGUGUUGGCUCGCCCCGCGCCCUUGCCAUGCAUUCAGCCUCCUCCAGUGGUAGUGAGAGUGCCGAAGCCCGCGCCCAUCCAGCCUCCACCGAUCAGCGUGACCCAGCCCCGCCCUGAGCCCAUCAACCCCCCUCAGAUCGUAGUAAGGCCACCCAAGCCUCAGAACAUCCAGCCCCCGACCAUUUGCGUGUCGACGUCGUCGCUGCAGCCUCAGCAGCAGCAGCAGUGUGGCUCGCCGUGCGCUCCUCCCCCCCCGCCGCCGUGCCCCUGUGAUGCCCCAGCGCCUCCCCCCUGCGGAUGCCCGUGCCCCUGCGAGCAGCCCCUGCCCCCAUGCCCAUGCCAGUGCCCGUGCCCAUGCCCGUGCCCUUGUCCAUGCGAGCCACCGUUACCCCCAUGCUAA